CUUGCACUUUCACUAAUUUUCAAAUUGCUUCUCUGCCUUCUCUUUCUUUCAUUUCAAAAAUAAAGUUAAAACAAAAAUUGGGGGGUCUCUAAUUCUCUCUCGCUGUUUGGUUCGGUUCUCUCUUCCAGACGAGCCCUCUUCAGCUUCGUCAUCGGCAACCUCAAGCUCGUCGGUUAUCGGAUCCGAACAACCUGUUACAAUUGUGACUGUUCUGCUUCUGUGUUCUCUAGAUGGAUUCUGGAAGACAAAAAUAUAUGCGAGAUGAUCAAACAAGCAAUUGCUGGAGCUAUGGAAGCAUUAAUCACCCAGCAAGCCAAUCUAGGAAGAUGUCAAUUGGAGUUGUGGUGGACUCAAUAGCCAAGAAAAAGUCUGGAUGUGCAAAGGAAAGGGAGGUUGUGGUGCCAAAUGCAGAAAUAGUAAAUACUAACAUAGCAAAUACCAUACAGGGAAAGUUCAACGGGGAAGAAGUUACAGCUGCCAAAACAACAAAAGAAACUAAAAAUCCAGAGCAGGUGAGUUCCCCAUGGAUCAGUACCAGACCCUUCCACGAGGAAAUACUGACUUCAGAUACUGCUCUUCAUGCAAAACAAGCCUCUAAAUUAUCAUCUGUUAGUAAGAGGCAGUACAGACUUGAUGGAGCAAGGAACACACCACUUACAUAUUCAGUUGAGUUUUGCGCAAACUCUUCCUCGAUUCUACAGUCUGGUGAUAACAAGCAUAAGAAGUUUAGUGGAGUUACCUAUAAAAAGAGGGGAGUGAAUAAUGGGACUGUGGAGGAAGUUCAGGAUUUCACAUUUGCAACUGUGCAGGAAGUUAUUAUGCCGGAUAAGCAGGUGCUACCAGACAAAACAGAUGCACAGGAAAACACAAGAACUGAAACACUCAGAAUGAAGCUUUGGAAUAUAUUGGGAGCUGCUGCUUCACCUAAUGAUCAGCACACCAAAUCUCAGGAACCUGAGGUUGGUGAUGAUAAUUUAAAUCCUCAACCAGAAUUUGAUCAAAUGGCUGAUACCGUCAAGCUGACAAAGAGCUCUGAUAAACCAGAGGACAAGGAUAAAGAAAAGGGUGAUGCAUUUAUCAAACCUAGACAAAAUUCAGAUACCAUAGAAACGGACUCUGAAAGUCCUGAGAACACUGUCAGGAGACCUGUCACUCGUUCUUUGAUCCCAAAGAGAGGCCGAGCCAAAGUAGGGAAGACAACUGCAAAGCCUACCCCAUCUUCUGGCCACAAACGGAAACAGCGAGAUACUGUAUUUUCUUUUGAACAAGAAUGCUUUGAGACACUACAGGAUUCUGCUGGCAGAUCCUCAAAGUUUCAGAAGAAGAGAGAGAAUACAGGUUUCAGAACUGAGACUCAUGAGGUCUGCCUUCCUGAAAAGGAUAAUUCAACUAAGAUAAAGCAAGCCAUUAAUAGGAGGGGAAAACGACCACCUGCUAAGAAAGCUUGUUCUGGAGGUACUAAAAUGGGAGGUCUUCAUGGUUCUCUACCUAACAAUGAAAAAGAGUUUCUUGAACAGGAGAAAACUAUCCCAGAGAAAGAAAUCUGCCACUCACCACUGACAAGCAAGAAAUUUGGGGAUUGUGACAAUCCAGAGAGUAAGAACCAACGAGAAGAUAGUGAAAAUCCAAGCUUGAAGAGUGCUGUAAAUCCAGAAGAUAAUUUUCUAAGUCCAACAUUUGGAAUCAGAACACGCAUGUCAAGUUCUUCUCCUUCAAUCCCAAAAUCAGACCAAAGGGCAGAUUAUAGUAGUCCUGCACCAAUGGAGAGGCGAUUUGAUAUGGGAGAUAUUCGCUGUUUCAGAACUUCCUCGACUUCAAAACAAGAUUUUUCUGAAAAUGCUCAAACACAAUCUUCUGAUGCCUCUGAGGAGAUCAGGGAUUCCCCAUUGAUGAAAACAUCACCUGACAUGGAGAAAAAUGAUGCAGAAUCUGGCCAGUCUUUAUCAUCAUCAGAGGAGAGGGACUUGGAGACUUUUGAAGAAGGUUCUCCAGUUAUUCAAGGACAUAAAUGGACUGGAGUAGAUAAUUGCGUUGAGGAACCUUCAGAGCCGAAUGAAGUGGAUGGAUUGGCUAGGGCCGUUGAACUAUUUGCUUUGGGACUAGAAAAACUAAAAACCAAAAUGAAGACAGCAACUACAAGGAAAUCCUCUGAAAUCUUGACGUCUGUUGCUGCGGAGGUUCAGUUGCAGCUGCAGAAUGUAGAGUCUCAGAUUCAAACAGACAUGGGAAAGCUUACAAACCUUGGCAAAUCAAAGAGAAAAAAGCUGGAAACAAGGUUUGAGGAGCAACAAGGACAACUGAAAGUGAUUUGUGACAAGUUCAAGGAACAGAUCAAUCAGCAUCUUCAGGAUUGCAGAAGUACAUUUGAAGGUCUGGAAGUGUACCAGACAGAGUUUAAGGGAACUGUGGAAAAGCAAAAAGCAUCACACCGAAAGCUUGUCUCACAAGUGGAAGAAGCAAUUGAGAACCAACUGAAUGAUGCCCAAAAAAGAAUCAAAGUCAUGAACGAGACGAGACGUGGACAGAUGCUCCAGUUAAAGCGCCAACUAGCUUCCUGUUUGAGAGAGGGAAUUCUAAGUUGAUGAGUGUGAUGUGUACAGCUGCACUGGGAAACAAGUAGGACUUGGCUUAUACUUAGAGACAGGCAUGGAGAUUUGCUUCUCGCAAGUUACAUUUCUGCUUAGAAAUAUACCAGCGAUUUCUCUAUUUCUUAUGACUUAGGUUAUUAAUUUGUAAAGACAAGGAACUAUUCUCACUCUGGAUGAUUUGAUCUUUUGGUCAUUUCGUUACAAUAUGAUCUGUAUUAGGUGACGAAUAUUAUUUCCAUAUGGUAAGAGAUUUGCACACGGUUUACAGUUGG